CAACCGCCUGCCGAAACUGUGAAGAGACAUAUCAAGCUGCUGCACGAUUACAAUGAUAUUCGAGAUGUGGGACAAGGACUGGUGGGGAUGAUUGCAGACAACCGAGGCGUCAGAAUCGGGGAAUUGUAUGAGGAGUUUGGAAUUGGGUUGAAAGAUUGA